CACACCUAGCCUACUAUGCUGAGUAGCUCACACUGGUUUUUGCAGCGGCUGCGAGACACCAGUCAGUAUGUCCUUGGGGAGCUGACCGCACUGGAGAGUGAACAGAGGCAGAUAGACUCUCGGGCGGCUGUCGUUGAGAAGAAACUACGCAGGAUCAUGGAAACAGGUCGUGACAGGGUGGAGGAGGAGGAUCUGAUCCAGGAAUGGUUCGUGCUGGUUAAUAAGAAAAACGCACUGAUUCGGAGACAGGACCAACUGCAGCUUCUGGAGGAGGAACAUAAUCUCGAGAGGAGGUUUGAGCUACUGAACCGGGAGUUACGGGCAAUGAUGGGCAUCGAAGAGUGGAAGAAGACGGAUGCCCAGCAGCGGCGAGAGCGAUUGUUACUGGAGGAACUGGUCUCCCUGGUCAAUAAGCGGGACAGCCUGGUUCGAGACCUGGACGCCAAGGAGAGAUUCGCUGAGGAGGAAGACGCCCGUCUGGAGCGAGGCCUGCAACACAGGCGUCAGAAGUAUAGCCGCCGGGAGAAAUGCGUGAUAAACUGAGCGAGCGAGGCAGAGAAGGAGAGAGAGAGAGAUGGAGAGAAAAAAAAAUGGCGACAACUAGGGGGCUGAGGCAGCCCAGUGAGAGCCGGCGCCAUCUUGAGGGUGACAAUUUGGCGCUCGACGACGCUAUUUCGGUUCUUCGCCCCUGCUGGAAGGCCGAGACUAUUCGGUCAGGAGUGCGUCUCUCACCAGGAGGAGAGAGCGAGCAAGGGGGUGGCCAGAAAGGUCAAGGAUGGGAGGGGGAGGGGGGGUGGGGGGAGGGGUUGCUAGCGGUGCGUUGGUCGGAGUCGGACCUGUUUGUCACGGGACUUGAAAAUGCUCCCCAGGCUCAUAUCCACCCACCCAACCUCUUCCCUGCUCCCCCGCCCCCCCACUCCCUCCCACAACCGCCCAUGCAGUCUCUGGUCCCCCAGCUGCCAGUUUCUGCUGCUCCCACCCCUCCCUCCCAAAUCGGUGAAGCUUGAAGUUAGCCAGGCCUCCUGGCUAGGGGAGGAUGGCAGACAGGGUUGCGUCUGAGGAGGUUUAGUUGAGGGAUGGGGGCGAGUGGCCAGUUGGGGGAGGAGGAGGAGGAGGAGGAGGAAGGGGUGAUGACUCUAUUGACUCUUAAACGUCCCCUCUCCUGCGCAAAGAGAGAUGCCUUACCGCCCGAUUGUGGGGGGGG